AUGGGCAACAGCGACCGUGUGGUGCUGCUGGUGGGUCAUGGCGGCAAGGCUGAACGGGAGCAGUUUCGGCCUCCCGAUUUGCUAGACCGCGGCCAAGUUGGUUGCCUCCCAUCCCCGUCCCUUCUUGAGGCGGCCUGCGCUGGACGCGGGAGCCAGACAUGGUCGCCGGCGGUUAGGAGCUGUGGGAAAGAUCAACUAGGUUCUCCCAUGCUUGGGUCUCUUUUCGUUAGAUGGCACGGCGGCCGAAGAGCCCCGCCAUGGACGGCGCCACGUGGCCAGCAGCACCGUGCCUCAGAUGUGGAAGGGCAACAGAGGAGCCCCCGCUCUGUGUGUCCCUGGCCUUUGAUGGGUGGACGUUGUUGCUGUUGGCCGGCCAGGUCGUCCUGCUUCCGCGCCAUGGUUUUUGGCAUAUACUAGCAAAAAAUAUGGAGAUGGC